CUGGUGUCAUCCAUAACACUGGUAAGCGAUGCAGGACAUUAUCCGCUUCCUCCGCGUUUAGUGUCUCGAUUUCGUUUUUGUGUUGUGGAAUAUCCGACGGUGCAAGAUCUGAUCAAAAUUUAUUCCUCUCAUGUCGCGUUAGCGUUCAAGGAUUCAAACCAGCCAACUCAUCGUGUGGAUGAAGUAUCAAACAUCAUGGUGCGCAUAUUCAAUGAAAUUCGGAAUACAUUCAUACAGACCGAUAAGCCACACUAUGUUUUCACGCUGAACCAUCUAACGAAUUGGGUUUUUGGCCUUAUGCGCUACGACAUUACGGGUAAUUGCUGUCCAUCGCUUGCAAUAUGUUUUUCUACAAAAUCGAGUGCACACUCCACAUUGCAGUGUUGCGCAUCAAUCAGCCUCCAAGCGCAACAGUUCUUCACGCCUGAAUUCUCCAAAACACUUAUGCAGUCUAUUCAAUUAAGCCUGCGCGAAACAGAGAUCAUUCAUUGUCAAACUGGCCAGUGCUAG